AUGUAUUUGUCACGGAGAAAGAGACUUCAGUGGAGUCGGAUCCUGUUCUUUGUCUCUGGUGUUCUGUUGUGCUGUAUCUACCAGUUGAGUCUGAGGGCAAGGAUGACGGAGCCCUGGCCAGAAGCUCAGAUUGCAGAGUACCCAGAGGAAGAGAAGAAGCCUUCAACUGAAACUACCACGCCAGUGGUAGAAGUACUUAGCCACACUGUGGUGGAGAAUUUCAUAGAGAGAACAACUACAGGAACAACUACAGGAACAACUACAGAAACAACUACAGCAACAACUACAUCAACAAUUACAGCAACAACUACAGCAACAACCACAGAACCAACCACAGAAUUGCCCACAUCUACAACCACCAAUCGGACUAACCUCAGGCAAUGCAUCUAUGUGGACCCUGAACCGUCCAAGACCACCGUAGCACCCGCACUGACCCCUUUUCCCAACACCACCGCCCCCAUGCCCAACACCACCUUCUCCUCCCCCGGCAGUGCCCCACUCAUGAAGGGUGAGUAUCCCAAGGACUUGUUCUCGGUGGAGCAGCGGCGACAGGGCUGGGUAGCACUGCACAUCUUUGGGAUGGUCUACAUGUUCGUGUCCCUGGCCAUCGUCUGUGAUGAGUUCUUUGUGCCGGCCCUGGGGGUCAUCACUGACAAACUGGCCAUCUCGGACGAUGUGGCGGGAGCCACGUUCAUGGCCGCAGGGGGUUCGGCUCCGGAGCUCUUCACGUCCCUGAUCGGGGUCUUCAUCGCCCACAGUAACGUGGGCAUCGGGACCAUUGUGGGCUCGGCCGUCUUCAACAUCCUCUUUGUCAUUGGGAUGUGUGCCAUCUUCUCACGGGAGAUGCUCCACCUCACCUGGUGGCCUCUGUUCCGGGAUGUGUCCUUCUACAUCCUGGAUCUCAUCAUGCUCAUCAUCUUCUUCCUGGACAAUACCAUCAUGUGGUGGGAAAGCCUGAUGCUGCUGAUGUCGUAUUGUUCCUACGUCCUUUUCAUGAAGUACAACGUGCAACUGGAGCAAGCCUUCAAAGGGCAGCUCAGCAAACACAAAAAUAUUAUUAAAGUCUUCACUGUGGAGGAGCCAGAGAAGGGCAAUGGAUCUAGACCUGCUGGGGACAAUAAACCUGAAAACCAAGAGGCCAAGAAUCAUUUAUUGUUGAAGCCUCCCCUGCAGAGAGGGGGCAGCUCUGCCUCCCUGCACAACAGCACCAUGAGGAGCACCAUCUUGCAGCUGAUGAUCCACAGCCUGGACCCACUUGGGGAAGAAACUGCCUUUAAUGGGAAAUUAAAGGCUGGGAGGUCUGGCCAGGGGAAAGUGAAGUUUAAGGACAAGGCUGAAAUCCUGAACAACAUGGCUCAGCGGAAAGAAGGGGGAAAGGAAGAAGAAAAGAAAGAAGAUGCGUCCAGUAAACCUGAGCCCCCAGCCAAGGAGGAGGAGAAACCAUCGCAGGAGGAAGGAGAGAAGGCCCAGGAGGGAGCGGGCUCAGGGGCGCCAGGGGGGGCCGGGGGGUCCGAGGGGUCCGGCAGCAGCAGUGAAGAUGACAGCGAUGACGACAGCGAUGACGACAGUGAGGAGGAUGACGAAGAGGAUGAGGAGGAGAGAGAAGAGCCCCUGUCACUGGAGUGGCCGGACACAGGGCGGAAGCAGGCCACCUACCUCUUCCUGCUGCCCAUCGUUUUCCCUUUGUGGCUGACCAUCCCUGACGUCCGCAAUGCGGCCUCAAAGAAGUUCUUUGCAGCUACCUUCCUGGGCUCCAUAAUGUGGAUCGCUGUGUUCUCAUACAUGAUGGCGUGGUGGGCACACCAGGUGGGGGAGACCAUUGGAAUCUCUGAGGAGAUUAUGGGCUUGACCAUCCUGGCAGCGGGGACGUCUAUCCCCGACCUCAUCACCAGCGUCAUCGUGGCCCGCAAGGGCCUGGGCGACAUGGCUGUGUCCAGCUCGGUGGGAAGCAACAUCUUCGACAUCACAGUAGGGCUGCCCGUGCCCUGGCUCCUGUACUCCAGCUUCCACGGCCUGCAGCCCGUGGCCGUGAGCAGCAACGGACUCUUCUGCGCCAUCGUGCUGCUCUUCCUCAUGCUCCUCUUCGUCAUCCUCUCCAUCGCGUUCUGCAAGUGGAAGAUGAACAAGGUGCUGGGCUCCACCAUGUUCCUGCUCUACUUCAUCUUCCUGGUACUCAGCGUCUUGCUGGAGGACCGGAUCAUCAUCUGCCCCGUGUCCAUCUGA